AUGUCGUACAAAAUCUCCGGCCCGGAUGAGUACCUCGCCAUCACUGGCAUGAGCAUCCGCACCGUCAAGAUCACAAAAGCAUCUUGGGUAUGGCCUCUCCAGCGAUGCACGCGCUUCAGCGUCCAGCCGCGCGACUACGCCAUGGACCUCCAGGCCAUGACCAAGGAGAAGCUGCAGUUCGCGCUGCCCGUCGUCUUCACCGUCGGUCCGGACGUCAACGACCGCGGUGCAAACUCCAACUCGGAAGAUGCCUCCGCCGUUGAUCGUGAGGAUCGCGGCGAUGCCCUCGUCAAGUUCGCCAUGCUGCUGGCGCAGUCUGAGGGCAGCAACAAGAAAGACCAUGGGGACCAUGUUGCGAGUAUUGUUAAGGGUAUUAUUGAGGGUGAAACGCGUGUGCUGGUUUCGAGCAUGACUAUGGAGGAGAUCUUUACGGAGCGUGAGGUUUUCAAGAAGAGAAUCUUCCGCAACAUCCAGAGUGAGCUUGAUCAAUUUGGCCUCAAAAUCUACAACUCAAACGUCAAAGAGCUCAAAGACGCCCCCGGCUCCGUGUACUUCGAGUCCCUCUCCCGCAAAGCCCACGAAGGCGCCACCAACCAAGCCAGGAUCGACGUCGCAGAGGCCCAGCUCCGCGGUAACGUCGGCGAGGCCAAGCGCCGGGGUGAACAGGACCGUGAAAUCGCCAAGAUCAACGCCGACACGGCCGUCCAGAAGACAGAGCGAGACAUCGAGCGCGCCAAGGCAGAAGCCCACCUCAACAAGGAACAAACCCUCCUCACGCGCGACGUGGACAUUGCCCGGGUCGAGGCCCAGCGCACCCUCGAAUCCAAGGACGAAGACCUGAAGAGACAGGUCGAAAUCAAGCGUGCUGCCGCCGAGGUGGAGCGCCUUCGUGCUAAGGACGUCGUCAAGGCCACCAUCACGCGUGAAAGCAAGCAGCAGGCCGCUGAUGCUGCCGCCUACGAAGUCACCGCGAAUGCUCGUGCCAACCAGGAAGCCAAACAGCGCUUGGCCGACGCCGACGCCUACAAGACCCGUAUUGAUGCCGAGGCCGACAACUACGCUGCUCAGCAGAGUGCCGAUGCUAGUGUCUUUCGACAGCUCAAGGAGGCGGAGGGUAUUUCUGCCAUGGCCGACGCAUAUGCCAAGUUGGCUAAUGCAUUUGGCGGCCCCGCCGGUCUUAUCCAGUACAUGAUGAUCGAGAAGGGUACUUAUGUUGAGCUGGCCAAGGCCAACGCCGAGGCUAUUCGUGGUCUGCAGCCCAAGAUCAGCGUCUGGAACACGGGCAGCAAUGCUGGUGGCGAGGCUGGCGGCGAUCCUACUACUGCUAUGCGCAAUGUGUACCAGAUGCUUCCGCCGUUGAUGACCACUAUCAAUGAGCAGACGGGUAUUACUUUGCCUGAGUGGCAGUUUGGAAAGAUGAACGCGGGUAUGCAGGCUAUGAACCAGAGCAAUGUCAAUGGUGAGAAGUCGAGCAAGUAA